UAGCACUGCCCAUAUCGCAGUGAUAGAGCUGUGCACGAAGGAUGUAGAGAUGUUUCUCCAUUUCCAUGCAUUCCUGCAGGCAGAUUCAGGCAUGGGCAGUUGACUGACCCCAGCAUUGACGAGACUAAAAAACCCGACCGAGCCUCCGGUGGUUAGGAUCACUGAACUCAACUCCAUCGCUCAAAGGUUUUGUUGUGGGAGGAGCUCGCGGGCAGCACAUGACUCCGGCUAGAUAUCACGCGGGCAGUUCUCCUGUGCUCGCUAUUGAAUGCACGGAUGUAAAACGAUUGAAUGACCCCCGUUUGCUCUGCGGAAAACACUGCCGAGGACCAGCUAGAAACUGAUGCAUCUUCUCCCUCUUUAGUCAGAUCGAGGAAAACAGAAAUGAGUCACUGCCAAGAACCAGGUGAAGUUGCAGAGCAGGUUUUGGUGACGGGGCUGGUUUGUCAGGAGGCUGACCUCAAAGAUGGACAGAUGAAGGAGGUGAAGGUGGGGGAUCAGGAGGUGCUGCUGGUCCGUAGUCAGGGUCAGUACAGUGCUGUUGGAAGCCGAUGCUCUCAUUACAAUGCUCCUCUGAUCAAAGGAGCACUGGUUGGUGACAGGGUGAGAUGUCCUUUUCAUGGUGCCUGCUUUAAUGUCAGAACCGGAGAUAUCGAGUAUCCAGGUCUGGACUCUCUGCCCAGUUAUAAGGUAAAAGUUGAGGAUGGCAAGGUGUAUGUUUCCAUCGACAAAAAUUCUCUGAAUUUGACAAAGAGGGUGAAGGAGAUGUGCAGCAUGGUGCCAGACAUCAAACACACUAUUCUGCUGAUAGGAGGAGGCCCUGCCUCCCUGGUUUGUGCUGAGACUCUACGUCAGAACUGCUACCAGGGUCGAAUCAUUAUGGUAACCAAAGACAACAUACCUCCAUUUGACAAGCCCAAACUGAGUAAGGCUAUGAAUGUGGACAGCAGCAGCAUCCUCCUCCGACCAAGAGACUUCUAUCAGCAGUAUGGGAUUGAGGUGUGGACACAGAAGGAGGUGGUGUCGGUGGAUACAGCUGAUAAGGCAGUGAAGUUAAGCGAUGGCACUUUGCAGCACUACGAUCAACUCCUCAUCUCAACUGGCUGUAGAGCGCGGCCGCUCGACUGUCUUGGAUGGGACCUGAAGGGUGUGAAGUUACUGCAGAGCUAUGAAGACGCCAAAGAGAUUCACAACGCCUGUCUGGGCCAGAAAGCUGUCGUUAUUGGAGCCUCGUUCAUAGGUAUGGAGGUGGCGUCCUACUUAUCAGACAAAGCUGCCAGUGUGGCCGUGGUUGGCACCUCCAGCUACCCGUUCGAGAAGUCUCUGGGGCCAGAGAUUGGCAAAAUGACUAUGCAAAUGUUGGAAGAACAAAAUGUAAAGUUCUACAUGAACGAAAGAGUCACUGAGGUCCAAGGGGAGAACGGCAAGGUGAAGGGGGUGGUGCUGAAGAGUGGUCGAGUCCUGGAGGCGGAUGUGGUGAUCGCUGGAAUUGGUGUAAUCCCCAAUUCAGACCUCUUGGUGGGAAGCGAGUUGGAGUUGAACUCAGGGAAGGCUGUGGUUGUUGACAAGUUCAUGAUGACCAAUAUACCAGAUAUUUUUAGCGCUGGAGAUGUUACCUCUUUCCCUCUGAGCAUCCGAGGAGACCAAAGGGUCAACGUCGGUCACUGGCAAAUGUCACUAGCUCAAGGAAGAGUAGCCGCCCUAAAUAUGCUAAAGAAACAAACCAAAUGUGAGUCUGUUCCUUUCUUCUGGACUGUGUUACUUGGGAAGAGUAUCCGGUACACAGGCUAUGGAGAAGGCUACACAGAAAUCAUAUUCAAAGGCAAAGUGGAAGAGAGGAAGUUCCUGGCAUUUUAUAUUAAAGAUGAUGAGGUGGUAGCUGCAGCCAGCCUGAUGUUCGACCCCGCUGUGGCUUGUCUUGCAGAGCUGAUGGCUACGGGCCACGUCUUCACAAAGGCACAGGCUCAAGCUGAUGACCUGAGCUGGCUGCAGAUGUAACCUGAGGCCUGCUGUAUCCAGGUGAAACACAUCGCAGUGACGCAGGAGGUCACCUUUCUCUUUGUUUCCUUUUUCAAUGAAACAGUGCCAAAUUCGAUUGCUCCAUUUACUGCCUUGGGGAUGAAAGCCAACCAGAUCUCUGCUCUUAGUCAGAGAUGGAGGAAAAGCUUUUUGUACUUUGUGCAAUGUGAAUAAUCUCGUUUUUGUGUAACAAGCUAGCAUAGUUUGCUUGAUAUUGAAGUUUUAGUUUAUUUUAACUUUUAAAUACAACUGUGCACCCAAUUUGAACUUUUUUUCAAUAUAAUAAUAGUAACCAUAUAUUUCAUACUAUUUUAUACACUUAAAACAUCCUGGAAACACACAAUAUAUUAAAAUAUAUUUACAAGUUAGUAUUUGAAAAUCUAAAAUACAAAAGUCAUUUCAAACACAAAUGGAGAUAUCAGUACAUCUGGUUAGUUGUCACUUCAAUGCUAGAAUGAAUCAUGAAUGUUUAUAGCGGAGAUGUAGCUUAUUGUUUAUUGUGUAACUUGAAAUUCAAAUCUACAUAAUAAUAAAAUGUAAGCACUUUGUGUAAUUUCACCUUUACUUAUAAAAACGCUUGUGGUACAUAUCUAAAGCUCAGGGAUUCAAGAAAUCUGUCUGUUUAAUUCUUACUGUGUUUUUUUUUGUCUGGGAUUGGGAUAUUCUUCCUGAAAAUGUUUGUCCCAAUGACUUUAAUAAAUUAUCGCUAAACCUUU